AUAUAAGCGCCAUCUAGUUGUCGGAUACAUAGCAACCAUAGUUGUAUAGCAUUUGGUAACUCCUCGACCAGAAAAGAUGCCUCCUAAGAAAAAGGGUGGAAAGAAGAAGGGGAAGAAGAAGUCGGCUAAGAAGACUCCAGCCGUUAUUGAUGGUAUUUCAACAGAAGAAAUGACUAAAGAACAACUAGAGGAGCUGGUUACUAGAUUAAAGGAAGAGGUGGAUAGAGAAAGAGAAGAACGAAACUAUUUCCAAUUAGAAAGAGAUAAGGUAAAUACAUUUUGGGAAAUUACAAAGAGACAAUUGGAGGAAAAAAGAGCUGAAUUACGUAAUAAGGAUAGAGAAAUGGAAGAUGCUGAAGAGCAGCAUCAAAUUGAAAUAAAAGUAUACAAACAAAAAGUAAAACACUUGCUAUACGAACAUCAAAACAAUGUGGCUGAACUAAAAGCUGAAAGCAAAGUAGCUCUGAAACUGGCUCAGGAUGAUCAUCGUAAAGAAGAAUUUGACUUGAGAAAAUUGAAGAGAGACUUAAAAGUUGAAAUAAAAGAACAGCAGCUAUCUCACGAGAACUUAAUGAAAAAUUUAAAAAUGAAGAAUGAUGAACAAGUUACAAAUUUACGUCAAGCAUAUGAACAACAAGUUAAAGAUAUUGAAGCCAAAUACGAAAAGAAAAUGAGAAUGUUGAGAGAAGAGCUAGAUUUGAGAAGAAAAACUGAAAUUCACGAGAUUGAAGAGAGGAAGAAUGCUCAAAUUAAUACUUUGAUGAAGAAUCAUGAAAAGGCGUUUAGUGAUAUUAAAAACUACUAUAAUGAUAUCACUUUGAACAAUCUUGCCUUGAUUAAUACCCUUAAAGAACAAGUAGAAGAAAUGAAGAAGAAAGAAGAGAGAAUGGAGAAACAGAUGAAUGAAAUAAAUGCCGAAAACAAACGGUUAACAGAACCUUUGAGGGAGGCCAGAGUUGAAUUGGAGGAGCUAAGAAGGCAGUUAGCUAAUUAUGAAAAAGAUAAGCUUUCUCUUGCUUCGGCUAAAGCCAGACUAAAAGUUCUGAAACAAGAACAUAAAGAGUUAGAAUUAGAAAAGGAAAUCCUUGAACAAAGAUUUGGUAAAAUUCAAGCCGAGAGAGAUGAACUAUAUCAGAAGUUCAUCAAAGCUAUUCAUGAAGUUCAACAGAAGAGUAAUCUCAAGAAUAUACUAUUAGAAAAGAAGUUGAAUGCUUUAGCCGACACAUUAGAGAAAAAGGAAGCACAACUGAACGAAGUAUUAUCUGCGUCAAAUUUAGAUCCUACAGCUCUCAGCGUUGUUACGCGUAAGCUUGAGGAUGUUCUUGAUUCCAAGAAUUCUGCCAUUAAAGAUCUGCAAUACGAAUUGGCAAGAGUCUGUAAAGCCCAUAAUGAUUUGUUGAGAACGUAUGAAUCAAAGUUAUCUCAGUUUGGCAUACCUGUUGACGAACUGGGUUUUAAACCUUUGGAAAGUGCUGUAGCUGGACAACAAAUUGGUUAUGGACCUGCCGGACUCGUCUCCACAAACACAUAGAAUAAUCUCGUUUUGUAUUUUCUUUAAUAAACUUUAUUUAAAAUAAAAAAAAUUUACAAGAAUUCUUUAAAA